UGAUAGAAGCAAGCCCUAAACCCGCUCGCCGACCCUGUAACCCUUACACGACAGAGCAAUGGGCGAUCGGCGGGACAGAGACAGGGACCGGAAGCGAGAUCGAGACGACCGGGAUCGUCUCCGGCACCGGCACGUCGACCAUGACCGGGAACGAGACCGGGAUAGAGAGCGGGACCGGGACCGGGACCGUAAAGACAGGAGCAAAAGGUCGUACACGCCAGACCGAGCUCGUUCUCGCCACACUAGGUCUCGGACUCGCUCCCCGGACCACCACCGAUCGCGUUCUCGAUCCACGGACAGGCACCGUAGGAGAAGCCACCACCGUACCCCGUCUCCGGACCAAUCGCGGAAGCGUCGCAAGCACGGGGAUGAAGAUGGCCAGCGUGCUGCCUCUGUCGUUUCGGAGUUUGUGGAUGGAAUUGUGAAGGAGAAACAGCAGCAGAAGAAUUCUAAGGACGCAGAAAUGGUUGAAGAUGAUGCUGGUGGUGAGAUGGAUGCCAAUGAAAUAGAGAUGAUGAAGAUGAUGGGAAUUCCGGUUGGGUUCGAUUCAACUAAAGGGAAGCCAGUCGAAGGGAAUGAUGUGAGCGGGAUCAGAGCGGUGACUAAAAGACAGCCACGCCAGUACAUGAACCGCCGUGGUGGGUUCAAUCGCCCAUUGCCUGCUGAAGUAAACCGUUGAUUGAGGCGGUUCAGAUGUUGAGAAAAUUCAGGUGAAAGCUUGAUGCUUGAUAAACGCACACAGAAUGCAUAAUCCCUUUUUGAGGCGAUGUCAGCGAUCUUAAUGUCAUCUAAUGUUGCAAGUUAGUACUAUUUCUUGGGGAUUUCUACUGCUGUAUCCAAGUUUGUGUAGGAGGUCAUACUUUGCAACAAACAAAAUCCCCUUUUGCUAUAUGUACACACAUAAGUUCCUUCUAUUUCGAUUUUAGACCAUUUUGAUGAUGUGACUA